AUGCAGACGACAUUCGAAUCAAGCAGUCGGAGUUUACCACCACAUUUAACUUGCCAUGAAUCUGGCCUUCUCUUCGUCCUACAUCGUCCCCGCCGUCUUUAUCCAUGCAGCAUGCCCACCCUUCUCUCUUUACCAGCAGAACUCAUCGAGGAAACUGCGCUCUAUGUUGCUUGUUCGACGUUGGAAGGCCGUCCGAAUUCUAUUCGUUCAUUUCGUCUGACAUGCAAGGCCAUUAACAAUGUCUUUUUGUCGAUUUUCAAGAGGAAAUUUAGUCACAGCGCCGUAGCUAGGCGAUCGUUCGAGCCCACGUCGAAAGAAUAUCGCCAGCUGCUUCAACUGUACGACGACAGUCUGCAGUUUAUCGAGGAGCGACGGGGCCUCGAUGGGAGGGAACCUGUGGAUGCUGAUCAUAUGUCGACAGAAGAGGUCCUCUGGGUGCUGACGUUCAUGUGUUUGGAUGACGACGGUGCCAACACCCUCCAGCUGAACACCGUCGGUGCGUACGAAUGGAUUCACGAACUCGUCACCAAGCGUUUGUAUGACGGUGCGAGUGAUAAUGGUGGAUGGCCGCUCGACAACUGCAAGAAUUCGUUGGCAUUAUGGGUGUUCUGGUCCCUGUCGACUAAAGAGCGAAUCCUAUCUGAACCAGAAGAUGUUUCUGACAGAAUUGUCAACUUAAUCCUUCCCUUCGUUACCAUCCCCUUCCGGUACGCCAUGGCCUUUGCGCCCCCCAAUCAUUUUACCCUCCCACUGGUUUCCCAGUCUGCCGACUUCUCCAAUGCUAAUGCCAGUGCCCGUAUACCCUUCCGUACACGCCAAACGCACCUUCUCUCCGUUCUUACUCCCCAUGGCCCCUUCCCCAUCUACCGUUCUACGGACCCGAUUUGGCUCCAGGUGUACUUUACCAGGCGCAUAGAGAUAACAUGGCCCCUCAUCACUGCAGCGGCAAAGUUGCUAUACUUUGCGAGGAGGGAGAGGUACGCGUUGGGCAUGAUACCUACUCUUCCUAGAGAUCGCACAGAUGCUAUACAGAGGAGAAUGACAGGCGUCACGCAGGCCGAUAUCAUCGAGAUCAACCGGAAUCGAUGGGGUGGUCCCAACGGCAAGGACGGCGGCACGAAAUUGCCUGACACCGUCACCAGUGUCGGUCCUGAUGGCAUUGAUGAACGGUUGCAAGCCAGCAGGCUGUAUGAUGCAGACUGGUAUCGGUUGCGGUUAUGUGGGAACGUCUGGAAUAACAGUCAUGGAGAUGACGAUGAGAUCUGGAGACGCGUCAAGCUUGGCAAGAAUAUGCUUGUCCGACGUGGGAGUGGGACUCGCAGGUUAAAGUUUCGACGCGGGGACGUAUACACGCUUGGCUCGUUAACCGGAUUGUGGGCCGGACGUAUGUUGAUUCCAAACGAACAGGCGCUCGCUCAACUUCUGAUGAUCCAGAACCCGAAUCCCCACCAGCACAAUGGCCAUCCUGUACCUUUGCCUGCAGGUUUCGACGAAAUGCUGCUGUCGCUCACGAGGCGACCGAUGUAUAUGAGGUUACAAGAGUUCGUAUCGUAUGCCGGUGGCGAUGUCGUUCCUUCUGGUGCACGGGGACCACAGCCACUGUCCUUUUACGAAGAUGCUGAGGGAGAUGAAGAGGAGGAAGAGGAUGAAGACGCGGAUGACUCGCCCGUUCCCGAGAUCACCGACCAGCGGCUCCUCGAAGAGUUCGACCAGGGCCUACAGAAUGCCUAUUUCCCUGACGGCGUCACGGAGGAAUCCUUCAAGGGCACGUAUGAUGGUACCGGCAUGCGUAUGAAUUGCGGUGGGGAGGAGUAUGUCUACCAUAAAUUGGGAGGUACGCAGCACGAUCCUGAUUCAUGUGUGGGGUGUGCGAUGAGGGAGAAGCAGAGGAUGCCUGCGUGGGCGGAGGAGGAGCACCCGGCGGAUACGGUCCUUCUGCCUCCUUGUACUGGUGUGCAAGACGUGAUUGUGACGGGUUCGACGGAUGAUAGACACGGUCAGGCGUGGAAUCAUUAUACGUACUACGGUCGCGUGCGGCGGUGGGAUGGGAUGAUUGGGAUUCUGAGGGUCUCGCGAGAUAGAGGGCUGGGCAAGUGGUUCUUCUAUGGAUAUAUUGUGGGUGGGAAGAACUUUGUUGGGAACUGGAGGAUUACGCAUGAGGAUCCGGGGAUGCCGACGGUUGAAGGAGCUUUUUGUUUAUCAAAGGUGACGGAGGAGUGAUUGAAUAUUGAGUAUUUACUAUAUACCCUGUGAACUUUGGAGACCUGUUGUUGUAAUUUUUAUUGUACUGAUUUUGUUUUAAUGCUAUUGAAAGCAUUGGCUAUUUUGUAUCAGCAUAAUCUGGAUGGCAAGCUG